AUGGCGAAUUCUCAAGUCCUUCUUGCCGAUUUGAAAGCAGGUCGCUGUUCGAACGUUGCGGAGGUCCGGUUGUUAAGGUUUUGGGAGGCCAUAAAUGUUAGGAAAGGGGGAGAGCUUAUGAGUGUUGAUAUGCUCUUUGUUGAUGAAAAUUCAACGCUAACGCAAGGAUCUGUUGGGGCGAACCGUCAGCUAAGGUUCAGAGAUCGUCUCAGUGAAGGCUCUCUCUACACGUUAACCGGAUUUGACGUCACACGCAGCAACACCAAUUUCCGUUUGUCUGAUGCUCCUUUCUCGAUUUGGUUCAAUGAAGGAACCAAAAUUGAGAAGAUUCCAGCGUCUGUUAGGCCCAUACCUACGGAGCUUUUCAGGUUCAUGCCAUACAGCCAAAUACUUGAGCUCGCAAACACUGGCAAGCAGCUUCCUGACAUAAUAGGUGAGUUGAAUGCGAUCAGAAGCACAAUCACAGACCGUUUACCAGGGGCACAGCGUGUCAUGCUAACUCUGCGUCUUGAAAGGUUUUUGCUGUUUUAUGAACACCAUUUUUAG